AUGAAACAGAGUAUGACUGAUAGUUCGACCAGAGACAUUUAUGCGAACGAGUCCGACACCGAUGCAGCAUACAGCACUUGUGACGCAGCAGUAGUGAUUUUGCAACGUUGCUCAGGCAAAAAACGCGAACGGACUCCUCGUUUCAGGACCCUUUCAAAUGAAAGGGUUUCCACGGAAGAUGAUGGCCACAUUGAUGUUGUGGAACACAGUAACCGACUAUUGGAGUUUUUGCGCGUGCGUCGGCAGCAGCAAUGGGGUUAUAAAGCUUUCUCCUUCACCGAAGACCAUGAUGGAAGCGAUGAGGGUGUGUCCGUUGUGAAGAAGAGUGAAUCGCGUUCGGCUCAGACUAUUUCCUCUUCUGCAUUAGGAUUGCCUAUUACAGAAGCCGAAUCCUUGCGAACUAACGGCUGUAGAUACUGUAUUGAGUCUUUAGUUCAAGAGAGUCCCUCCCUUUUUUGUCCUCAAGUAACCGUUCAUAGUAUUGCCACACAAACACAGGCGGAAGCACAAUCACCCCCCUCUGAGUCACGCGAUCAGAUGGCGGCUUCCACCAUAACAAAAGCUGAUCUGUUGAUGCUUCGACUGUGCGAGUUGGAUGCCUUGCUUCACAUUUUUUUUUCUUGA